AUGGCCGCAUCAGGAGGAAAUAUUGAAUGGUCUACAACUGUUAAACCAAUAUUAACAGCUCUUUACGGCCCCUUUUUCGAUAAAAAUGAUGCCGUCGAAAUCAUCCAAGCCAUCAUCAAAAGCGAAAGUGAAUUCCAGAACCAUGAAGACAUUUAUGACUUGUUCUACACAUGCUUUGCAUGCCUCUCUGCACAUUUUAUUAGCAUGAAUGCUAAUAACUUACCAAAUGACCAACUGACUACUGCAAGAGAUGCAUUCAGAGUGAUACUCCGACAAAUAUUGAAGAAGCUCUCCGAGGCUGGAUUGAGCUGUGAUGAUACGAACACGACAGCUGCUCCCAAUGUGUCUGUCAAACAGCUUCUACUGCCCAUUGUGGGGCUAUGCGGCAUCGACGGAGGGGGAUACCCUCAAUCUGACUUAGUGAUCUUGACGUCGCUGCUGAAAAAUGCCAAACUACCCGCACAUGUGUCCGUGCCUGACUCACAAACAACAAAGUCGUCGGUUAUACCAAGCUCGAUUACGUCACUGGCUUCUCAAACGACUCCUACCGAGAAGCAACCGCCGUCGAACGCCCAAAGGCGUUCUGAUGCUUUACUGGAACAAUUGACUGCACCAUUGCGCAACCCUGUGACUUCAAUGACGUCAUCUCAAGUGACACCCGCUACAGCCGUCCUGUCACCCGGCAGUAAGGACAGCUUGGAGAGUGCAAAGGAUGGAAAUGCUGCUCAACAGUCUUCCAUUGAUAUGAAGAAGUGGGUGGCCUCAACAUGCUCGUCACUACUGAUGGAGCUGCGCGCUGGGUCGGUGGUGCUGAAGGUGUGCGCGUCCCUGCCGUGUCUGCAGCGCUACCUCAACCGGUGGCAGACUGCCAAGGAAUCUACUAUAGCGCCUCAAUUCAACUCUGACGCCUCACUUCUCCACUUCCUCGUGAACGAAGUACAUGUCUGCCGCCUGGCGUUGUCCCUGCCGUGCCUGGAGCCCUUCACUCCAGAGCGUAUCAUGACUCUCAGUGACGUCAGCAUCGCUGGCUUACUCUGCGCUACUGCUCAGGCGUCCCUACACCCAAAAGACGAGGAGUAUGAACAACAAACGGCUACACUGGUGGAGAGUGCACUCAGCCUGUACAACACUGUGGGAGAGACCUUCAAACAGUCUACCCGCGCUGGCGGAUACGUGUACCAGAACCAUUUGAUGAUUGGUAGCUGGGUGUUGCUAUGCGGGCUUCAUCACGCGCUGGCGGGCGCGCCCUGUCCCACUACCACUGCUGGCAAAAGCCCCGCCAAGACUCCCUCCAGACCAUACAAUCUUACCAAAAUGCAACAAGGUUUGGGAGUAGUAUGGGUGGCUCUGGGCGGGCGGUGCCUGGCGUGGGUGGGCGCGCUCCUGUCGGACGCGAGGCUGGAGGCGCUCAGCUGUGGCGAGGCCGCGCCCGCCGGGCCCGCGCCGCUACACAUACUGGCUCAGCAUACGGCGCAUCAACGGGAACUUAGACUGGCGUCCGCUGCGCCUUUGCAUCAGCUUCUGGUGGCAUUGGGUGUGGUAUGUUACCGCAAGGCGACCAACUUGAAGCGCGCCGUGGUACAGAAGCAACACCAGGAUGCGGACCCUGACCGCUCCGACUCCACCGUCUACUUCCAGGACAUGAUACUCUGCUCCGAGGACUCGGAGACUGAUGAUGACAGUGAACCACUUUUCGGUUUGUGGUUCGAAUCGACGCUGGUGGCGCCGGACGCGACUGACAACAGUGGACUGGUGCGUGCGUCGGGGAACGCGGACAAUAACGACAACACUGACACGCCGCAGCGACCGCACCAGGCCAUCGUGCCGGACAAGGCCGAGCCUUAUUCUUACAUAACUCUAGCGACGGAAGUGUUCACGCUACUGACGGAGGAAAUCAUCAGCGAGGGUUCAGAUCGCUUGGGCCAGCAUUCUCUGCAGUUGCACGAUGCGCACCAAGCGUUGCUCGCUGCGUUAGCCAAAGAUUUGGACAGAGAGACCGCUCGUACUGACACUGGUACGAUUUCGUCAUGCUUCGGUGCCCGUCUGGGUGCGUUGUACGGUGGGUUCAGUUCAGCGCUGGUGCGUUACUUGCACAACCUGAGCGGGGCGCCGGCCUUCGCCUCGCUACAGCCCGCUCUGCAUCAACAACUUAUAUCUGCCGGCUCAGAGCGGACCAACAUGACUCCAUUGCAGGUUGGUCCACGCGUAGUGAAGUUACUAGGCGGCAUGGUACUGAGCAAACAGGCCGCUGAGCGAGAGAACAGUAUCCUUGCCAUGUGGCACAAGAUUGUCAACACGUUGCAAGAGUGCGCCUUGCAAGCUCAGCCCUCGCAGGACCAUGAUUAUGAAGACUUAAAUGUCGAGCACGCUCAGCUGUUGGUGUAUCUCUUCCAUUCGUUGACGCUCAUGCAGAAGAAGUCUGUACUGCUUAUGACUUCAAACGCCAUCAUAAAGGUGGUAGAAACACUAGCGAUCAGUGACAGGAAGCGAGCAAUGAACUUGGCCCCGCACCAGCUCAUGUUGACGACCAGACUGAUGCUGCUCCUCGAGUACCUGAUGAGGCAUCUAUACGACGCACCGCAGACACUUCUGCAGCAGAUUGAAUGGAACCUAGUAAUAGCACCUGGUUUAGCCCAGCCGACGACGGAAGCGAAUGCUAACGGCAACAAGACGUCCACUAAUGGCCAGCCAAAAUCUCGCAUCUACUGCGAGGUGCCCUGCAUCGAGCAGGCCUACAGGCGACUGUCUCAGGACGAAACAUCCAUGAGACCAAAGUUCUACGCUUUGACUAACGCUGAGAUCAAUAACCAGGAAAAUCCAAAAUUCGACGGUCUAGCAUGCAACUUCGUGUUGGGCACGCCCCACAAGUUGAAGUACCCGCUGCUGCUGGACGCGCUGCUGUCGUUGCUGAACUCGGCGUGUGUCUGCGACAACACGCACUACCACAGCUCGCCCGCCGCGCUGGCCGCCGCGCAUUACUGCUUCCAGACUGCUUGGAGGUUGGUAAUAAGCAUGCCACCGGCGACUCCUCACAUGGACAAGCUCCAGGCAGGCACGGCGGCCGAGCUGCCGUCUCCGUUACCCCUGCAUGCCGUCGUAUGGGCGCCGCGAGCUGAUAACAAGAAAGUAUUCAACCCGUGGCUCAAGGACGCCCUUGUUAAGCAAGGAAUGUACACACAGUAUGCGGAGAACCUUCUCGCUGGCGUAAGCGCGUCAUGCGACAACAUCAAAUACACAGCGUGGUUAGCUUCUGAAACGAUCAAGCAUCUGAAACAAAAUGUCACUGCAAAUGGCUUACCGUCCCUCCUGGACGUGAUAUCUUGUGACUCGGCUCUGGUGAGGUUCAAAGUGUGCCUCGCUGAUUCCGCCACGCCAUCAGAAGCUCACCAGUUCAUGCCUGAUUUACUAGAUUUGCUGGAGACAGUACUGGAUUGUUGUCGGCUCAGCGCUGGCCUCGAACUCGAAGGUCUAAUGGAGAGUUCGAGCAAUGCUUCCGAAAUGGCUGUAAGCAAGGCUCGGCUACAAGUGUGUGGUACUUCUGGCCCGGUCGGCAAUGCGGCCGGCAGCACUCCGCCGCCGGCACUCGGCGCCUGGCUCAGAGCUCAUCUACCACCUAAUGCUGCAACUGCCUUGGAUAGGUUGACUACUCCGCCGCCUUUGGCUUGCAUCAACUUGGCUUUCUACGCAUCUCACAUAAUACCAUCAGAGAGUGCAGUGUUGACCUUAGUGUCGUCACAUUGUGAACUGAUUACUGCCAAUACGAAAUACUCCAUCGGGUCAUCCCUGAUGAUGCUCGCUUAUUCGGCUGCGAAACUUCUUGAAGUUGGUGCUAGCAAGCUCGCUGACAACCCUGAGCUUAUGAAGAAGACGCUUGACUUGGUUAUACCGGCUUUGACUGACGGUCGUCUAGAGUUCAUGUCGGAGCCACUAGCAGCCACGCUAAAUACCCUAGUACCACAAGUACAGAAGGCGGAACAGCUGAUUCAUGAGCACAUCAUCAAAACUACGUACAACGUUCUCGUCGAACAUUUACAACCAUCUACUGAGAAGACUUUGAGACAUAUGGUAAAAUACUGGGAAAAGAUUCUGGACCGCCCUGCAGGUAGACUGGCAUACGAGAAAGUAUUCGCCGAUAACUCGGGCUAUUCUCUCGGCAAGAUACUCUUGUCAGCGCCGAAUGCAAGGAAUCCUUAUGCUGAGAGGGUUAUCAAGCUCUUCAUAAAAAUAUUCUCCGGUUGCGAGAAUGAUUUGAACGGUAAUCUCUGCGUGUCAGUAUGCAAGUUCAUUGGUGUCGCUGAUCAACAAAAACUAUCAAUAUUAUUGGCUCAUAUAUGUUUGGGCGGUUCUGCUUCUUCAACGGGUGGCACUGCAGGCACUGCUAAUGGUACGCCAACAGAGACAGAGCUGCCAACCCCUACGUCAUCAGCUCCGGACGCGGGUGGCAACCCUGCAUCGCUUGCGUUGCGCAACGCUUUGCGCAGCGUGUUCCGCAGUGAGAGUAGUGACGCUACUACACGUAACGAUUCCAAUGCUCAAAGAAAUGAUUCCGAUUUACCCGUGUUUGAUACUCCUUCACCAGCUCCCAGAGCCCAGUCUGAUACCGCACAGCAAUCCGCUAAUUCAGAGAGUUGCAGUUGGUCUGACGGCAGUAAGGAGAGUGGCGGCGCGACGACUACGGCGGCGGUGGUACCGGAGCCCGCGCCCGCACCGCUCACGGACGCCGCCAACGACAACGCGGCGCUACUGUCCGCGCUAUGCAAGCACGUUGUACUGCACUGUGGCGAGGACGUGAGCGAGCGCAUGCUGAGUACGUUGGUGUCAGUGUGCGGCGAGUCUGCGUGCUCCCCGCUGCUCCUGCGGGAGAUGUGUCGCCUGGCCGACGCCCACGCCGGACAGGACCAUCGACAGCUCUUCCCCGCCGCCGUCGGGUGGCUGGCUAACUGCGUGGACAAUUUAGGCAGUCAAGAAGUGCUAGAUAAACUGGAGGAGGGCCAAGUAGACGGUACCCUGGCGCCUCAGAUAGAGUCCGCCUGUGUACUCCUGUCGUACCUCGCGGACGCUCUGCAUGCCAUCAACACUACACAGCCUCACACAUGGCGUUCAGUGAGCCCGACGUGGGAAUCACCGUCGGACCUCGGUUUCGACUUGGACUACACCGAUGAGCAACAAGAUGAUGAUGACACUAGUGCUGAUGAUUCAGACGAAGACGCGAUGCUGCAAUACAAGCUGUGUACGUUCACGGUGACACAGCGCGAGUUCAUGAACCAGCACUGGUACCACUGCCACACCUGCAAGAUGGUGGACGGCGUCGGCGUCUGCACCGUCUGCGCCAGGGUCUGCCAUCGGGGACACGAUGUGUCUUACGCCAAGUUUGGCAAUUUCUUCUGCGAUUGUGGAGCUAAACCUGACUCUAGUUGUCAAGCUCUGGUGAAACGGUCGGUGACAUUGGGCGGAGCUCGCGGCGCUGGCGCGGAGGAGAGCGCGCCGGCGCCUUCACUGCGGCGCCGUCCGUCCAGCCCGGCGCCACCCGCCAUACUGGCGCCGCCAAGACGCCCCGUACUGGCUUCUAAUAUCCAAGGUUGUCGCCAGUUCCUGUCGUCGUACGGCGGGUGGGCGUCGUGCAUGGAGCGCGUGCGCCGCCUGCUGGAGUCGCUGGCGGGCGCCGUGCGGGCCGCGUGCGAGCGCGCCGCGCCCACCGGCGCGCAUGCGCGGGCGCAGCGCGCGCUCGCGCAGCUACACCUCGGGGAGAAGAAGUUCACGCACACUGAUAACUUGAUGCUGCCUACUCUUGGUUCCCAAGAAGGCGCAUUCGAGAACGUACGCAUGUCGUACACGGGCGAGACUGGACAGACGAUCCGUCAACUGAUGUCCGCGCACAAAUUGCGGCGCGUCGCUAUGUGCUGCCUCGCCUCGCCGCAGGGCCGGCGGCAGCACCUCGCCGUGUCGCAUGAGAAAGGAAAAAUCACCGUCUUGCAACUAUCAGCGCUCCUAAAGCAGACGGACUCGUCCAAACACAAAUUGACAUUGACACAUCUGUCGUCUGCUCCCAUUCCCUUCAUGGUGCUCAGUCUCAGCGGAAACCCAUGGAACGAAGACCUACUCGCUGUCUGCGGGCUGAAGGAGUGUCAUGUGCUUACUUUCAAUAGUGGAGGUGCGGUAGCCGACCACUUAGUCCUGAACACCGGUUUGGAAGGUAACAACUACGUCAUCAAAGCAAUAUGGCUGCCGGGCUCGCAGACUCAGCUCGCUCUCGUGACAUCUGAUUUCGUGAAGAUCUACGACCUGAGCAAGGACCUCAACAACCCUAUGCACCACUUCCUCGUACCCAGUGGAAAGGUCCGCGACGUGACGUUCGUGAACCAGGACGGCGUGAUGCACAUGCUGUGCAUGAGCUCGGCCGGCCACAUCUACUGGCAGCCCAUGAGCGAGGAGUCGCGCGCCACGCUCGGCACCUUCUACGUCACCAACACGCUUGAGGUGCUCCAUCCGGAGAUACAGGACGUUGCUGGGUUGGUGGGAGGCGGUGGAGUCUCAAUAUACUACUCACAUACGCUCAAGAUGCUAUUCUUCUCGUACGCGCAAGGCAAAAGCUUCUUGGCACCACUUAAUACUGUAGAAGAGAGUCUCAAAGGCACAGCCAUGAUCACGUUGUCGACAACACUAACGCAGAAGGAAGGCGGGCGCGGCGGCGGCAAGCAGGGCGUGCAGUCGCUGUGUCAGUGGGCGGAGGUGCCGGGCCACCCCGGACUGGUCACCGCCGUCAUGCAGGCCUCCAACAACCCCGUCGUACUCAUGCUCACGCCCACCAACAUCUUCGUACAGGAGAUUAAGGUGGUGCCCGCCAAAGCAAAGAUAACAGACAUGGUAGCCGUCCGGCACUGGUACGGCGGCGGCGGCGAACAGAAGAGCACUCUCAUCCUACUGUGUGAAGACGGCAGCCUGCGGAUAUACGCCGCCAGCAACGACCACACCGGCUACUGGCUGUCGCCCGCCAUACAGCCCACGCACGCGCCCAGGAGGCGGCCCAGGCUACUGACGCACCACGCCAAGGGGAAACAACAACAGGCUGUAACAAAAUCCAACGCUAACGGAGCUCCACAGUUCCCCAUUGAUUUCUUCGAGCAUUGCGUGGCGAUGAACGACAUUGAAUUUGGUGGCAACGAUCUGCUGCAAGUUUAUAACACUGCACAGAUUAAACACCGACUUAAUACUACUGGUUUGUAUGUGGUAUCUACGAAAAUGAGUGGAUUCUCCCUGGAAGUGAUGAACUCGGAUCCUAAUAUGGUCAUCUGUGGUAUACGAGUACUACUUGGCACUCAAGACGUCGCCCGAACACCGUCCUUUGUUGAAGUAUAUGGACGAUCCAUCCAAACAAUCGUAGUACGCAACCGUUGGUUCGACAUACCUCUUACACGAGAGGAGUCACUACAAUCUGACAAGAAGCUAACCAUCAACUUUGGUCCUUCGCAAGAUCCUGAUGGUGUAACUAUGGUCGACUCAGUCAAAGUGUAUGGUAAAAAUAAGGAGCAGUUUGGUUGGCCUGAAGACAAUGAAGAUCCAUCGGCUUGUCCUUCAUCCAGUAAAGUUGCUCAAGAAGGUGAAGGUUCAGGUGGUGCUUGGAAACCGAGUCCAUUGGAACGUCUGGCCUGCGCAGCUCUGGAAGCACUGGAGCUUGGCGCCGGAGCCUCCGCUGCAGGAGCUCAUGCAGCCGCGGAGCCUGCACGAAGGUUACUGUGUGCACCGGCCCCGCCACAUUUGCAUGCACGAGCUCAGUGCUUGCUGAGGGCGUUGCAUCAUACUCACUAUCAUCAGUAUAAGGACCAAGCUAUCCUGAAAUAUGUAUGCACUUCACUGCGCGAACUCCGUGACACGGCUGAUCCUCACAACAUCGACCCUGAAGCGUAUUUCAGACUGGUGCUUUUGGCGCGAGGAGUUGCUGUGGCUAGACCACACCAUCUCGUCAAAUACAGUGCCCCUACACCACAAAGACCUCCGAAUGGCGACUGGUCAGUCCUCUGGAAGGGAGAAAAUCAAGAAGAUAAGGACAAGGAGCCCCACCUUUGUGCUUUAUUGACAAGCGUACUAUGGCGUUUGGCCGCAUGCCGUGCUUCUACCGCUCAGCCACCGGGCAUCUUGUCAUACGGUCUGAGACACCCGGAACAUACGAUGCAUGCACUCGCUGACACUGUGCAUGCAUUCCAAUUACAUGCUGAGCCGGAGUGUGUUGAAUUCGGCAAUCAAAUAUACCUAUCUUUGCUAUUGGCGGAGGACCAAAGUAUAAGCUUCGGAGCCAAGGCUGCUCUGAUGAGAGUACUCCGGCCCAGAGUGAAGAGGCGCCGUGUCUACAUACCGUCACCACCUAAUACUCCUGGAACGGGAGCCGGAUCAUCAGUGACCACAGCUCAGCCAACGAGCUCGAUCACAGAGGCAGUAGUUUCGGAGUCAGACCUCAGCGCCAACCGAGAUGAGCACCAGGAGAACCAGUUCAUGGAUGUAGACGAUUCCCUGGAACCUAUGGUGCUACUGGCUCCUGAUGGAGGUCUGGAAGCGUUACUAGACAUUCCCCCGGACGCGGAUGAUGAGACGAUGGUAGAGCUGGCGAUAGCUCUGUCUCUCCAGGAACAGCCGCGCCGAGCCCCGCCCGCCCCGUCGGCUCCGCCACCGCCCGCGCCAGGGUUCAGCGAUGCUACUGCGUCUCCACCUGCUUCCGAUGACGAGGGCAGCACGGCGGCGACGGACGGCAGUACCCUCCGUACGUCGCCGGCCGAGCCGCCCGGCUCCGCUGGCUCCGAGUCCGGCGGAUCCGGCGCUGACUCCAUCGGAGGGGUGUCCGGACGCAGCAGCGCUUAUGGAGAAAUGGUGUCGGCUCCAUCCGCUGGAACGAUGCCAGCCUCCAAUAUCAUCGCGGCCCCUGUCGCUAUUACAGCUGGUCCAUCAACGUCAUCGAGUCAACCAGUAGCGUCGACGUCCCGUACAAUGGAGGCUGAGAGCGAGACACGCAAACUACACGCUCUCCGUCUCUCUCUACUGUCGGCUGCAUUAGAUGCUCUGCCGUCUUUGAGGUUCCUGCCCGGAGUUAGAGCUAUACCGUUCGUACAGGUUGUUCUGAUGCUGGCUGGUGACCUGGACUCCAGUGUGGAAGGAGACCGAACAGUUCUAGACCGAUUACUAGAGUUACUUGUUUCGGAACUCGAUAUACAAAGCGAGGAAAAUCCAGAGGAGCGCACGGACAGGCGCGAGUUACAACUGGCCAUCAUGCGCCUAGAGUUGUUAGUCUCUGAACUUGACAUGCAUGGGGAUGAAACCCCGCCCCCGAUACAUGAGAGGACCAAUAGGAGGGAGUUACAAUUGGUCAUCAUGAGGUUGUUGAGUGUGCUGAUGGCUCGUUGGAAGACCUCAGCGAGCGGCGGGCCAGUCCCCCGCGCGGAGGUGACGGGCGGCGCGUGCGCAGCGCACGUGUCCCGGCUGGCCGCGGCCGCGCUAGUACGUGCCGGCGCGCCUGCGCACUGCUUCCGAGUGCUCUCUGCACUACUGCCUUAUUGGAAAGAGAAGACUUCUAGUUCUGGGGCAGCGACUACUGGCCAGACUCUCCUGAAACCACAGCCACCUCAGCCGUUGCCAGAUAUGCAACCUUUCUUCGUGAAAGAGUAUGUCAAGAGCCACGCUCUAGACGUAUUCGACAACUACCCUCAACUACUGAUGGAGAUGGCACUCCGCCUCCCAUGCCAGAUACACAAGCACUGUGACCCGGCGCACUUCGACCAGCGCUGGCGCACCCUACUCUGCGAGUACAUGAUGAACCAACAGACUCCACUUAGGAAACAAGUGCGCAAACUCCUACUCCUACUCUGCGGUACCCGGGAACGUUACCGACAAUUGCGUGACGUGCACGCACUAGAUACGCAUCUUAAUGCUGCGCGAGCAUUGCUCGCUACUGACCCUGCUUACGACAAGCUUGUACAACUCAUGGACCAUCUGAAGGCUUGCGCGGAGAUAGUGAGCGCCCGCACGGGUAACUGGCAGCACACGUGCGGCAGCGAGCGGCGCGAGGCGCUGGCGUGGCUCGUGACGGUGGCGCGCCGCGUGCACCCCCACGUCGCGCCCACCGUGCUGCAGCUGCUGCAGGCCGCGCUCUGCGCGCCGCCGCAUCUCGCGCGCGCCGACGCCGCCAAGAACUCUGCGGACUGGCCGGACCGUGAGCGCAGCGCGGAGAAUGAUGCCUUCACCACGGACGGGUCCAAGUUCCAAGAACAAAGAGUUGGACCACUCGUCCAACAGAUACUGAAACAGGUUUCCCAAGAGGAACUGAGAAUGUUUGUCAAGGCAUUCUUACUGGAAACUAACUCUACCGCUGUGCGCUGGCAAGCUCAUGCUUUGCUGCUCGCUAUUUACAACAAUUCUGCCCAAACCGAUCAAGCUUCUCUAGUAUCCCUACUAUGGGGUAUCUGGCCAACACUGCCUCAGUACGGACGCAAAGCCGCGCAGUUCGUUGACCUGCUCGGUUACUUCACGCUGAAGACACCUAACAUUGAUACUGAGAAAUACGUAGGAAGCGCAGUAGAAUUACUGCGCAAUCAGAACCAACUCCUUUCAUCUCACGGUAACGCAGCUCUAUACGCAGCCCUCGGUUCCUACGUGGAAUUAGAUGGGUACUACCUCGAGUCCGAGCCCUGCCUCGUCUGCAACAACCCUGAGGUUCCCAUGGCAACCAUCAAGUUACCUACUAUCAAGAUCGACUCGAAGUUCACGACGACCACUCAGAUUGUGAAGCUGGUGAACAGCCACAUGAUCAGUCGAAUCAACCUCCGCAUCAGUGAUAUAAAGCGGAGCAAGAUGGUGCGCACUAUCAACUUCUACUACAAUAAUAGGACUGUACAAGCCGUGCAGGAACUUAAGAAUAGACCCGGUAUGUGGCACAAGGCGAAGCGUGUGCAACUUCAGUCGGGACAGUCCGAGGUGCGCGUCGACUUCCCACUGCCCAUCGUCGCUUGCAACCUUAUGAUGGAGUACGCAGACUUUUACGAAAAUCAACAGGCCACUGGUGAAUCUUUGCAAUGUCCGCGGUGCUCACAGUCGGUGCCAGCUAACCCGGGCGUGUGCGCAAACUGCGGAGAGAACGUCUUCCAAUGUCACAAGUGUCGUGCAAUCAACUACGACGAGAAAGAUCCGUUCCUAUGUCACGCGUGCGGUUUCUGCAAGUACGCGAAGUUUGACUACACGCUGACGGCGCGGCCUUGUUGCGCUGUCGAUACCAUCGAGAAUGAUGAGGAGCGCAAGAAGAUGGUGCAGACUAUCGGUGCCUUGCUGGACAAGGCGGACCGGGUGUAUCGCCAGUUGACUUCGAAUAAGCCUGUGUUGGAGUCCCUUCUCCACAAAAUCAGCGAGCAUCGUCUAGAAGGUCGUUCAGCGGACGAGAACAGUAAUGCAAGUAACACAUCGUUCAGUGGCGCGCAGAUCAACCGCGUCAUACAAACUCUUGCGCAUAAGUACUGUGUCGAUAGCAAGGGACAUUUUGAGGAUCUAUCCAAGAUCAUACAGAAGGUGCUGGCUUGCAGGAAAGAAUUGGUAGCAUUCGAUAGAUCGCAAAGCGAACUGACGAAAGGUGAUACUUUGCCUGUCUACGCUGGAUUGCUGCAGAAUUACGACGGCGAUGUUACUAAAGGCGGCGGCUGCUACGGCUGCGCGCUGUCGUGCGCGGAGCACUGCCUGACACUGCUGCGCGCGCUGGCCUCGCAGGCCGAGCACCGCGCGCGCCUGUGUCGCUUCGGGCUCGUGCAGGAACUCGUGCAGCACAACCUACACCGCGGCACGCCUCAGUGCCAGGAAGAAGUACGUGCAUUGAUCUGCCUAGUCACCCGCGACAACCUGCCGGCGACGGAGCAACUAUGCAACUUACUAUCGCAGCGCAUCACCCUCUCACUCAUGGGACACGCAGCUUCACAAGAUCAUAACAACUCUGUACGCCCGUUAGUACUGCUUUUAGGCUCCCUUGUGAAAGUACAAGAUUCAGUGGAAUGCUGGGAAGCAAGGCUUAGAUGUAUCGUGAAGCUGUGGGUUUGGUGCUGUCCCCAACUGACGGAGGUGGCCGGUAUAACGCCAGCUGCCAACACCAUUCUGAAGGCGGAGGCCCUCGCUGGCAUACCCGGCAUCAACUCAUCUUCGCCUAACUUCUUGUCGUGUCACACAGCGCACCAGUUCGCGCUGCAGCAGGUGGCGCUGCCGUGCCUGCGGUACAUGCAGCAGCUCAUGGCGCCCGCCGCGCCGCCCGCGCAGCCGCCCGCGCCCGCGCCCGCCGACGGGGAGGCCCCUAAGGAGGCUGCUAAGGAACCGAGCCCAGUCCCGACUCCAGCGAGCGGCACGGCGGCCGCGUCCCCGGCCGGCAACGUGGUGGUGGACCUGGCGGCCUGGCUGGCCGGCUCCGUGCCGCACGCGCACUGGCGGCGCCUGGCCGGCCCGCGCGCGCCGCGACCAGACACGCCCGCCACGCAGCUACGGGACCUACAUCUUGCUACCAAAUACUUAGCCAAGUGGAGGGAGAGGACGAUGUUAUCCCACGGCAUGCGUCCCCUGGCGCUAGAAGAUGGCGGCUGGCUCCGUCCAGUGAUGUUUGAUCCCAGCUCACGUAUUGCCCGCGACACCGCCUGCCAGAUGGUUAAGUCACUCUGUGACUCGUAUGAAAGGACUAAAGCUGUACUGAUCUUGUUAACGAGCUUCCUUCCUGAAGUCGGCUCUGCUGGAGAGGCCAGCGAACAAUUCUUACAACUUUAUCAAACUCUGGCAUCUGAGGCGCCAUGGAAGCAGUUCCUGGCGUUGCGCGGAGUUCUGCAGCAGAUAGCUGACUUGAUGACAAAGGAGAUCGAACAGCUGCAUCGCCUUGAAGAAACUACGCUCACUUCUGACCUGGCGCAAGGUUACGCGCUGAAACGGCUGACAGAGCUACUAGCAAUGUUCCUCGAAGAGAGCGGCGCUCGGCGGACAUACAAAGGUCGCUUAGUGGGCGCCGUACUAGGCGGGUACUUGUCUCUACGUCGCCUCGUCGUACAACGCACGAGGCUCACUGACGACACGCAGGAGAAGCUUCUAGAACUGCUCGAGGAAAUGACUACUGGUACUGAGGCUGAAACAGCGGAAUUCAUGGCAGUCUGCAUAGAGACCGUGCAGAAAUACCCACUGCACGACUACCGCACACCGGUGUUUAUAUUCGAGAGACUUUGUUCCAUCAUCUACCCGGAGGAGAACGAUGUCGGGGAGUUCUUCCUUACGCUCGAGAAGGACCCGCAACAAGAAGACUUCUUACAGGGUCGUAUGUUAGGCAACCCAUACUCCUCUCUAGAGCCGGGUAUGGGUCCUCUCAUGCGUGAUGUGAAGAACAAGAUAUGUACCGACUGCGAACUGGUCGCUUUGCUUGAAGACGACAACGGCAUGGAACUACUCGUCUGCAAUAAGAUCAUGUCGCUUGACCUGCCUGUCAAGGAAGUUUAUAAAAAGGUAUGGUGCACAUCUGGUGAAGGUGUAGACGCGAUGCGAGUAGUGUACCGUAUGAGAGGAUUGCUCGGGGACGCCACGGAGGAGUUUGUGGAGCGACUCACUCAGGCCAAUGCUGAAGCAGUCGACGAUGAGCAACUGUAUAGGAUGGCUAAUGUGCUUGCUGACUGUGGUGGUAUCGAAGUGAUGCUGCAGCGCCUGGCGGCCAUCCAGCGCGUGGGCGCGGCGCGCGGGCUGGUGUCGACGCUGCUGCGGCUGGUGUCGCUGUGCACGCGCGUGCGGCGCUGCGUGCGCGUGCUGACGCGCGCAGACACGCGCGCGCUGCCCGUGCUGCUGCACGCGCUGCACCUCGCCGCCAUCGAGGAGAAGGACAUGGCGCGCGCGCAGCUUGUGUACCAACUGCUAGAGAUAAUGGAGCGCAUCCUAUCAGUCGCUGCAAGCGAGAGCCUCGAGUCCUUCCUACAGUUCUCACUCACUUUCGGAGGACCGGAGUACGUGCAGGCACUACUCAACUGCACCGAGUGUCCAGGAAUCCGUAGCAACUCAGUGGCACUAGGCCAUUUGACCCGCGUGCUAGCCGCGCUAGUGUACGGCAAUGAUCUCAAGAUGGCGAUGUUAGUGGACCAUUUCAAGCCAGUAUUAGACUUCGAUCGCCUGGACUCCGAACAAUGGACUGAGGAGGAGUUCCGUAUGGAACUGUUCUGUGUGUUCUGCGCUAAUAUCGAGAGGAACUCCAUUGGUGGAACGUUGAAGGAUUAUCUGAUCUCGCUUGGAGUGGUUCGGGAUGCGCUUGAGUAUAUUGUGAAACACGCGCCGUGUGUGAAGCCGACGUUGGUGUGCACGGACUCUGACGAGCUUAAGGAGUUCAUCAGUCGUCCCGCACUCAAGUACAUACUGCGCUUCCUCACGGGACUCGCCGCCGACCACGAACCUACGCAGAUGCUGGUAUGCGAGAAAGUGAUCCCGAUAGUGCACCGACUGGAGCAGGUGUCGUCGGGCGAGCACGUGGGGUCGCUGGCUGAGAACUUGCUGGAGGCGCUGCGCUCGCAGCCGCAGUGCGCCGCCAAGGUGCAGCAAGUCAGGGACUUUACUAGACAGGAAAAGAAACGCCUAGCGAUGGCAGUCCGCGAGCGUCAACUAGGCGCGCUGGGCAUGCGCAGCAACGAGCGCGGCCAGGUGACGGCGCAGUGCUCGCUCACGCAGCAGGUCGCUGACCUCGCCGAGGAGAACGGGGCCGUCUGCUGUAUCUGCAGGGAGGGGUACAAGUACCAACCCACCAAGGUGCUCGGUAUCUACACGUUCACGAAGCGUUGUCCGGUGGAGGAGUACGAGGUGCGCGCGCGCAAGACGCUGGGCUACACCACGGUGUCGCACUACAACAUCGUACACGUCGAGUGCCACAUGGCCGCCGUGAGACUCGCGCGGGCCAGAGACGAGUGGGAGAGCGCCGCCCUGCAGAAUGCAUCGACCCGCUGCAACGGCCUGCUCCCCCUGUGGGGGCCGCAUGUACCCGAGCCGGCCUUCGCUAGCUGUCUCGCACGACACACCACUUACUUACAGGAAUGCACGGGUCACCGCGACAUAGGCCACACGUGCACGCUGCACGACCUGAAGCUAUUGCUGCUCCGCUUCGCGCGCGGCCGGACCUUCCACGACGACACCGGCGGCGGCGGCCCACUGUCCAACAUGCAACUAGUGCCCGCGCUUAUACACAUGGCGCUAUAUGUCAUCAAUACGAGCCGCGUGUCUGCCCGCGAGGUGUCCGCGCUGGAGGCGGCGCUGGGCUGGGCGCCGGCGCGCCUGCUGGAGUCCGCGCACGACGCGGAGGGCCCGCUCUACUUCCUCACACUCAUGCUCAUGCUCUACCCACAUGCUAAAUGGCGGUCGGUGAAGGUGGAGAUGUUGAAGCGCCUGCUAGUGAUCGGCCACGUGCGCGCGCUGUCCCCGGCCGGGCCCGCCCUGCGCGCGCUGCCGCCCGACCAGCGCGCGCUCCGCCAGUGGCAGGACUACAAACCUUACGCGCUCUUUGUCGCCAUCAUCGAUCAACUGUAUACUGUCAUGUUCAAGAACGUAACCGCGACUACGGUAGACCAGUGGCCAGUGAAACUCGCCGAGUACAUCCGACACAAUGACGAGGCGAAUGGCAAGGCGGCCGAGCGUAUAGUGACGACACUGACGGAUGAACUGCUGCCGUGCGCUUCGUUCGCGGAGUUCUGUGACGCGGCCGGCUUCUUGGAGGACAUCCCAGAGCCCGACGCCUUCCUACAGACACUCAUAGACGAGCAACCUUGA